AUGGAGAGUCCAGCUCAGUUACCAUUUCUAUUGCAAAGACCCUUUUUAAAAGUCAAGAAGGAGCCACGCGUGUUUGAUCGAAACGAAGUAGGGGAGGCUGGUUCUCCUCUUGUGCUUCCGUGGAGGGCUGUAACAAAAGAAUUACACCACCUAGGAUGUUACAAAGAUGGCGAUCCGCGGGAUCUCCCUCAAAGAGUUCACGCACGAGAACUAGACGCUAACACUUGCAUAGAAAAGUGCAAAGAAUUACAAUUUAAAUACGCUGGAUUACAAUUUUCAUAUCUUUGUUUUUGUGGAAACAGUUAUGGAAGGUAUGGAGAGCUUCCAGAUGCCCUCUGUUCUAGCAAAUGUAACAGCAAGAGGGAUUCCUUUUGCGGUGGCCACUGGGCUAAUUCCGUUUACGAAACAGGGCACAACCCAGUUUCAAGAGAGGGACACGGUUCAUCUCAUAAACAAGUCAAACGAGAUGAAGUAGUUUUGUUUGACAACGUUAAAGAGUACAAUCGUAAGCCAGAGGAUCGAACAGUCACUUUAGACGUGAAUCCAUCUGAGUAUUCCUACAUCCCGCAUCCGGAAAAAGAUUCAAGCAUGAGGACUCAAAGAUCAGCCUCAUAUGACACAAACUCUUAUUACAAUUACCCCGGCAAUGAUUAUCGUUACGGGUCAAAUUCCGACACUACGGGUACCAGCGGGACAUCAAAUGGACAAGAGCAACUAGCAACUGCUUAUGGUCAAGAGGACUAUUAUAAAGCAAACGCCGAUAGUAAUUACUAUUACAAUAAUUAUAAUGCAGCGCAGGACAGUGCUAACAACAAUACAAACUCCAACAGCCCUGCCUACAAUUCAUACUACUCAGCGCAACAAGAUAAUUCGUCAGCAACCUUGUAUAAUAGCAACGAUGUUUCCGCAUCUAAUUCAACUUCAAACCAAACAGAAUAUGCGGCACCAAAUACAGCGUCUUCUUACACAGAUGCUAAUAAUUCGACACAGGAGAAUGCUUUUGUGAAGCAGGAUGCAUUGAGUCUGACAAACUCAUCUGCCGCAACAGCUGACUAUAAUGUAUCUCCUUACAAUGGCACAGAUAAUUCGUCGAGUCCGUUGGCAAGUGACACACGAUAUUCAGAUCAGCAGUCAGCAGGAUAUACAUACUCAGAGCAGGCGCUGGCGCCAGCUCAGACACCUUCUCCAGCGCCGUCUCCGUAUCCAGCGUAUGCGCCGAGCCCAGCACCUUAUCCAGCACCUUACUCUUACCCGGCGCCUUAUCCAUCACCAUAUCCGGCACCGGCCUAUGCUCCAUAUCCUGCUCCCGCUCCUUAUCCUUAUCCGGCGUACGCACCAUAUUCUUAUCCCUCCUCUUACCCAGCCCCUGCUCAAGCACCUUCUUCAGCCCCUGCAGAGGUGAAAAAUGAAACAAGUAAGUAA